AUGCAUUGGAAAUUUCUGAACUUUCGAAAGUACCAUCUUUCUUUCCAUUUAAAUUUAUUUGAUCUUUCUCUCUUUUUUAUUUCCUUUUACUGCUUUCCCAUCCUAUAUAUUUGUUUCUUUAAUCAAGUCCAUUCAUUCAGAAGCACACAACCAAGUCUUAUAAUGAAUAAAUUUGACUUGUUUGAUGAUUACUCGACCAAAGGGUCAACCAUCCCUCUUCCUAAUGAAAAUUUUGACCAAUUAUUUUUAAGUUCCGAAGCCAAUGAUAUGGAAUUUUUGUUUAAUGAAACAUUGAUGGGAUUACAAGAUUUAGAUGUUCCUUCUGGUUAUGGAAUUCCCCAAAAUACCAUUAAUAACGAUUUCCAACACACACCAAAUAAGUCAAAAUCUCACAGUAGACAAUACAGUGGAACAGCAAUUUUUGGUUUUGCUGACCAUAAUAAAGAUUUGUCCAUUAACGGUGUCAACAAUGACUUGUGCAAACAAUCCAAUAAAGCCAUCAAUACACAAUCGGUUUCACCUGGUGAGUUGUUGAAACGUUCAAGAGGUUCUCAAACACCAACACCAACAUCAGCACUACCAGACACUGCCCAAGAUAUUUUAGAUUUUAAUUUUGAGGAAAAACCAAUAUUGUUGCUUGAGGAGGAUGAGCUUGAGGAAGAAAAACAUAAACAACAACAAAGAAUGAUGACACAGCUGUCACCUUUGAAGAGAGUAACCACUCCUAGUCAAUCACCAUUUGUUCAACAGCCACAAACCAUGAAACAAAGAAAGCCACACAAGAAGACAAACGAGUACAUUGUUGCCAAUGAAAAUCCCAAUUCGUACAAAUUUCCACCAUCUCCAUCUCCGACUGCCAAACGCCAGCAGUAUCCACCAUCAUCUCCAAUACCAUACAAUCCAAAAUCAGAUUCAGUUGGUGGCAAUUCUUACUCUGCAAAAUACUUGCAGUCUUUAAACAAAACCCAGCAAAUUGAAUAUGUGGAUGAUAUUGAGCCACUUUUACAGGAAGAUAAUAACAAUAUGAAAUAUAUUCCAAUUCCCGUACAAGAGCCAAUGCUGUAUCAAAAACAGAAACCAGUGACACCUCCAUUACAGUCACAAAAUGAUUCUCAACAAUUAGAACCAUUGAAGACACCACAACCACAACCAAAACAACAACAACAGCAACAGCAACCAAAUAAUGAACAGGAUAAAGAAUUUACUGCUAAUUUCAAUUUCAACACCUUCUUACCUCCACCUACUCCGCCUAAUUUGAUUAAUGGAUCUCCCGAUUGGAACUCAUCGCCAGAACCACAUUCUCCUUCCCCAGGAAGAUUGCAACCACCGCAACAGAUAUCCCCAAUUCACCAGAAUUUAGGUGCCAUGGGUAAUAAUAUCAACUUUUAUACACCCAUGUAUUACGAGCUUCCAGUACAAGCUGAACAACCGCAACCACAACCACAACCACAUCAACAGCAACAUCAACAGCAACAGCAUCAACCUGAAUUACAAAACACUUACCAACAAAUUAAACACAUUCAACAGCAACAGCAAAUGCUACAACAUCAGUUUCACAACCAAAACAAUCAACUCCGCCAACAACACCCAAAUCAAUUCCAGAACCAGAACCAGAACCAGAACCAAAAUCAAACUAAGACUCCUUACUCACAACAAAGUCAAUUCUCACCUACACAUUCCAAUUUUAAUUUGUCUCCUGCAAAACAACUUAAUUCAAAUGUAGGUUCCAUGCAUUUAUCACCUUUGAAAAAACAAUUACCAAACACUCCCACAAAGCAACCCCCUGUCACCAUUGAAUGGAGUCCAGUUAUAUCACCAAACUCAAAGCAACCAUUACACAAACAAAUCAAAGAAUCAUCACCACGACGCCGAAUCAAAAAGACUUCAUUGUUACCACCAGGUGAAUUGGACAAUUACUGGACAGGACCGGAUGAGGAUAAGAUAUAUACUUGUACUUACAAAAACUGUGGGAAAAAAUUCACUCGUCGAUACAAUGUGCGAAGUCAUAUUCAGACACAUUUAAGUGAUCGUCCAUUUGGUUGUCAAUUCUGUCCGAAAAGAUUUGUCAGACAACAUGAUUUGAAUCGUCACGUGAAAGGGCACAUUGAAGCUAGAUAUAGCAAAUGUCCUUGUGGUAAAGAGUUUGCUAGAUUAGAUGCAUUAAGAAAACAUCAGGAUCGAAAUAUUUGUGUUGGUGGGAAUAAAAAUGUUAUUAGUAAACCCACAAAGAAAAAGGGAACUAAUAACACUCAACAACAAUUGCUUAAAACAGAUACAGUGGUUGAGAGGAUAGAAAAACAGUUGCUACAGGAAGAUAAGAGUGUUACUGAGGAGUUUUUAAUGUUGCAAUAG